AUGGCAGACUCGAUUUGGAACGAUUUAUGCAAACAGCCCACGCUCAAAGCCUCGUCUCAACAAUAUGCAAAACUUGUUCACGAUUCAACAAUACAACUCCAUCAAUCCCUUGAGUCCAUCUCGUCAGCUUUGAAUCUACGUGCCAUUGGGUUGACAAAGUGCGCCAACUUUGAAUCUGCUCUUCACGAUGCCAAGGCUUUGCAGUACCUUUCGCCUUCUUCACCACUUGGAUACAUACGCGAAGCCAACAUUUACAGUGAACAAGGAAAACAGCUUGAAGCCAUUCGUGUAUGCAACCAUGGCAUGAGUCUUGUUGACACCAUGGAUACGCACUAUGAUACACUGCAACGAGCCAAAAUGGAUGCUGAGCAACGCCAAAACACACGCAUCGACUUUAUCAGCCAACUAUCUCUUGACAUUUUUGCGACUAAGGAUGAUGACGACACCAUUCAUCCACAAAUCGCCACGUUUUCACGCCAUAUCAAGAGAUUCGACGUUGGGUGGUAUUCCAAAGGCACAUGGCUUGGCGAUUUACUACGCAACAAUGACCUUUGCUCUUUACAGGAGUUAUACAUUGGAGACGUCUCGGCUAAUUGCUUGCCUUACUGUGUUUCGUCAUUAAAGUCAAUCAGCAGCACUUUGACACAUCUUCAAAUUCAAGUCGAGAAUGGGAUGAUGGUACCGAUGGAAGAGGUUCUUGUCAACUGCCCCAAUCUGGUUUCACUGGAAAUAGCCCAACCCUGUGCUACAGAUAUCGCCUCCCUUCCAAUGACGACAUGGCCCAAAAUAACGACAUUGACAAUCUCGUGGACGUUAGACGACAUGUUCAAUGGUGGGAUGAUUGCUUGCGAAGAGAUCAGAGCGAUUGGCAAGCGUUUUCCAUCCCUCAAGAAGCUACAAUUUCGCCCAUGCGAAGAUAUGGAAUGCACGCGCGUUGUCUUGGAAUAUUAUCCCUGGAUGAACAACCUUGAUUUUGACGAGUGCGAGUGUGGUGAUGGUAUCGAUAUUACUUUCUAUGGUGAUGGACCCGGAAGUAAAGAGGUUGGGAUUACGAGAUUCGACAUGAAUCCUGAUCAAUUCACUCCUUGGGAAUCCGUUAUGUAUAUACUACAGCACCAUCAAAAAACGCUCGAAUACAUCAACUUCGAUGUGGAAGAUGACGGCGAACCUGUCGAGAUCUACAACAUUGAGUAUGCUCGAUUGAAAAAACUUUGUCUUCAAAGCUGUGGAUGGUGGAUACCACACAACGCACCCAUGCUUGAGGAAUUGGAGAUAUCAUGCUUCGUACUUGCUGCAGAAUGUACCGUGCGUGAUACAACGCCAUUGCCACCAAAUUUAAACAAGCUAAAACUCGACCUUUGUACUUCAUUUCCACUUCGCCCCAUCGACAAAACGCCUUUCGCAAGAUACCUCCAUCGCUAUUCCCAGCAUCCACGGUUGAAAGAACUCGAUGUGUCGCUCAGCCCCUCGGAUUUCGACAGUUUGUUAGAUCCAAUCCUUCACCUUGGCCAACUUGAACGCUUGAGGAUAUUUGUUUUUGGUCAUUGGGAUGUCACUAGAAUGCAACACUUCUUUGAGGAGCUUACCAAGGGAUGUCCCAAGAUAUCCAGCCUUAUGAUCAACUGCAAAAACGCCCCGUCAAUAUACGCAAUGAGUGUUUUGAAGCGACUUGAACAUUUGGAGGAGAUUGGGUUCGACAUAUGGGACAAUGAUGGCAACGAAGGUUUUUGGCAUACAAUUGAAUCAUUUUCACAACUCAAAUGUGUUCAUAUCUACCCUGCAAGUGUAACCAAUAUGUCCCGCAUUCGGCGCCUCCAUGAACAACGACCUGAUUUGAAGUUUGUUGUCAAUAGACGCAUGGCCUACUUUUGA